GGAAGUUGCAGCAAAUAGACUUCUGCUUACCUGUCACUUGUUGCCUCUGCUAAAUUCAUGCGUAAUAAUCUUGAAUUUGUCAUUUGUUAGUUAGACCCCUGUCCUGACAGGAGGGAGCUACAUUUGGAUAAGCAUGGACAGCCAGGGGAGAAAAGUGGUGGUCUGUGACAAUGGGACAGGGUUUGUCAAGUGUGGCUUUGCCGGAUCCAACUUCCCCGAACACAUCUUCCCCGCCAUGGUGGGUCGACCAAUCAUACGAUCAAACACCAAAGUGGGAAACAUUGAGAUAAAGGACCUGAUGGUGGGUGAUGAGGCCAGCGAGUGCCGCUCCAUGCUGGAGGUCACCUACCCCAUGGAGAACGGUAUGGUGCGCUCCUGGGAGGACAUGCUCCACCUGUGGGACUACACCUUCGGAUCCACCCGCCUGGAUGUCAACCCCUCAGAGUGCAAGAUCCUGCUGACAGAGCCGCCCAUGAACCCCACCAAGAACAGAGAGAAGAUCGCUGAGGUCAUGUUUGAGACGUACAAGUUCCACGGCAUUUAUGUGGCAAUUCAGGCCGUGCUCACUCUGUAUGCUCAGGGUUUGCUGACCGGUGUGGUCCUGGACUCUGGGGACGGUGUCACCCACAUCUGUCCAGUUUACGAGGGCUUUUCCUUACCCCACCUCACACGCAGGCUGGAUAUCGCAGGCCGUGACAUCACACGGUACCUCAUUAAGCUCCUGCUUCUUCGCGGGUACGCUUUCAACCACACCGCUGACUUUGAGACUGUGCGCAUGCUGAAGGAGAAGCUGUGCUACGUGGGAUACAACAUCGAGCAGGAGCAGCGCCUGGCAGAAGAGACCACCUUCCUGGUGGAGUCGUUCACACUUCCAGACGGCCGGCAGGUGAAGGUGGGUGGAGAGAGGUUCGGGGCCCCUGAAGCUCUCUUCCAGCCUCACCUCAUCAACGUGGAGGGAGCGGGGGUGGCCGAGCUGCUGUUCAACACCAUCCAGGCUGCAGACAUCGACCUCAGGUCAGACUUCUAUAAGCACAUUGUUCUCUCUGGAGGAACCACCAUGUACCCCGGACUCCCAUCCCGACUAGAGAGGGAGAUCAAGCAGCUGUACCUGGAGAGGGUGCUGGACGGAGACACGCAGAAGCUAUCAAAGUUCAAGAUCCGCAUCGAGGACCCCCCCCGGCGUAAGCACAUGGUGUUCCUGGGCGGCGCGGUGUUGGCCAACAUCAUGAAGGACAAGGAGUCCUUCUGGCUGAGCAGGGCGGAGUACGAGGAGAAGGGCCUGGGAGUGCUGCAGAAACUGGGAGGGGGAGUCAGAUAAAAAUAAAACGUGAAAAGGAAAGACGUCACGCAGAUAUUUCAAUUUCUAUAUCAACUUCUCACCUCUUAUCCCCGGCAUGUAGGGUGAGAGGCUGAAAAGGCACUCCAUUAGUCCUGCUGGGGCUGGAACACUGUUUCACUGAAUCAUAUAGAAGCCCACACUGGAAACAUAUUGACAACAGCUUUGAUAUUUGAUCGUCAUUUAUAAAGCUUCUCUCUGCUACUGUAGAUUUCUGGCAUUUUAAAGCAGUCAUCUGAUUCACUGCAAAUUUGGUUACACUUAGUUCAAGCAUUAAUCCCUGAGGUCAAGUUUCAGAAUACUAGAUUUUUUUAUUCAUAUACUGGUCAUGUUGUUGUUUUUAAUACUGUGACUAUUAAAUCAUUGUACUGUCCAAACAA